GAACCCUCAUUUUGUACAGAGGGUGGCGCAAUUUACACGAAAGACAAAUACUCGAAUACAAACAUUCUGGUUGCGCAAAGUGCAAGCGGAAGUGCUUCACGAACAGUGGUCCGGGCGACCAGGCAACUCAGGAGCAACUGCGCGAUGGCUUACAGACUCAUAGUCCGCAGGAUCUGGAACGCGCCCGUGAAGGAUAUCCGCUGCCCCCAUCUCUGCGCGUCCUCGGCCUCCCUGUUCUCCCGCGCGCCGUCGCCCUCCGUGUCCGUCACCUCCAGGCGGAACGUGUCCUUCAGCGUGCAGGACCAGGAGGAUUUCACGGAGCGGGUCAUCAACAGCAGCCUCCCCGUGCUGGUCGACUUCCACGCGCACUGGUGUGGCCCCUGUAAGAUCCUCGGCCCCCGAUUGGAAAAGGCAGUUGCUAAGCAACAGGGUCGUGUCGCCAUGGCAAAGGUCGACAUCGACGAGCACACAGACCUGGCCAUUGAGUACGGGGUGUCGGCCGUCCCCACGGUGAUUGCAAUGCGGGGCGGUGAUGUCAUCGACCAGUUCGUUGGGAUCAAAGAUGAAGAACAGCUCGACUCAUUUGUGGGGAAGCUCAUUGAACAAUGAACGUGUAGCUGACCCCCGCCCCCCCUCAAGACUGACUAGCAGCAUAACCCCCCCCCCUCCCUUCCCCCAUUUUUUUUUGUUUUUUCUGAGCCUAUGGCCCCUGAGCUGGUACACCCCUCCACCCCCCAAAACGCACACACAUGGGCACAAACGCAUACGCACCCUUCAGCUCCCAGCUUCUGCCGACUCCUCUGUCCAGCGUGACCACAAUGUGCUUCCCGCUCACCGCCAAGCUCGCGGCCGCGUGUUCGAAUAUUGGGAAAGACGAUAAGAAUAACGUUUCCUUAACCGUGACACUAACAUUUGGGAAAGCACCUUGUAGUCAGGUUGUACAGGAGGCCUAAAUUUGUUGCUCGUCUCUUUCGUUGUCUGUCGUUCCUUUGAUAUUUAUAGGUAUUUGUCUGUGCAUCUCGUUUGGAGUUGUGUUUGUGUGUGCCUGCAUGUGUGCCUACCUGCUUCUCUCUCUCUCCGAAUGUAAGACGGUUCCUUCAGCCACCUCUCAAACUGGUGAAAGAGCCUUUUAGUUUUACAAUAGACUGUACGGGGACUAUACCGUGUCGCUCAGAACCGCCUAUAUAGUAUAAAGUAUACCAGAGACUGAGAAAUGCGGUGGUUUUGAGCGAGGUCCGCGCAUAUUGCUGUCUGCAGUUGUCGAUGUUGUCCACAUGGGGGCGGCCGUUCUUUAUCCUGGCCGCGGAAAAAAGCCCUCGAUCUUGAGGCCGGUAAGUCGUUUUAUGCCGCUAUGCCUAAAAAGCGAAGCGUGGAAUGUGUCUGUCAUUCAGUGUGUAGGCCUACGCAUCUCAGACAAUCCUCGUCGCUCUGUAUUGACUGUGAAAUUUUCAUUGUACAGGAAAUGCAUAUAAGGUUAUGGGUUCGAUUUAGAUUUUAUUUUAAUUAAAUAUAAGAAGUGAAUUAAUAAAAUAUAUUAAAGGUUA